UACUGUUUUAGGCAUUGGGAACAGAACGAUGGACAAAACAGAAACCCCUAUCUUCCUGUAGUUCGCAUUUUAUUGGGGAAGACAUCCUAAACAGAAUUAAGAAAAACAUGUUCUAUUGCAGGUCGUAAUGGGCGCUUAAGGGAUAAGUAAUAAAGCAGAGGAGGAUGUAGUUUGAAAUAUUAGUGUGGCCGGGGAAAGUCUCACUGAAAAGACAACUUUCAAGCCAGAGCUGACGUCAGUGAGAGAAUUAACCAUACAAGUGUCUGGGGAUUUUCUGCCGUAUCUUUAAAAAAAUGGCAACUAAUGGUGCUGUUCUGAAGAGACUGGAACAGAAGGGUGCAGAAGCAGAUCAAAUUAUUGAAUAUUUAAAGCAGCAAGUUGCUCUUCUUAAGGAGAAAGCAAUUUUGCAGGCAACUUUGAGAGAAGAAAAGAAACUUCGAGUUGAAAAUGCUAAAUUAAAGAAAGAAAUUGAAGAAUUGAAACAAGAGCUAAUUCAGGCAGAAAUUCAAAACGGAGUGAAACAAAUACCAUUCCCAUCUGGUACUCCACUGCAAGCUAAUUCCACAGUUUCCGAAAAAGUGAUACAGUCUAUACCAAUGACAACUGUAUCUUCUGGUGCCAAAGAACAGAUAACAGGAGGAAGAGCAGAAGAAAAGAUGAAAGAGAAAAUUGAAAUGAAAGAGAAAAAGGAGAAAAAACAAUCAAUAGCAGGAAGUGCUGACUCUAAGCCAAUAGAUGUUUCUCGUCUGGAUCUUCGAGUUGGUUGUAUCAUUACUGCCAGAAAACAUCCUGAUGCAGAUUCUUUAUAUGUAGAAGAAAUAGAUGUUGGAGAAACAGCCCCAAGAACAGUUGUCAGUGGCCUGGUGAAUCAUGUUCCUCUUGAACAGAUGCAAAAUCGGAUGGUGAUUUUACUUUGUAACCUGAAACCUGCAAAGAUGAGGGGAGUAAUAUCUCAGGCAAUGGUAAUGUGUGCUAGUUCACCUGAGAAGGUUGAAAUCUUGGCACCUCCUACUGGGUCUGUUCCUGGAGACAGAAUUAUUUUUGAUGCUUUUCCUGGAGAGCCUGACAAGGAGCUAAAUCCUAAGAAGAAGAUUUGGGAGCAGAUCCAGCCAGAUCUCUGCACUAAUGAUGAGUGUGUGGCUACAUACAAAGGAGUUCCCUUUGAGGUGAAAGGGAAGGGAGUGUGUAGGGCUCAAACUAUGACCAACAGUGGAAUAAAAUAAAAUAAAAUAAAAUAAAAUAAAAUAAAAUAAAAUACUCAUUUACUGAAAUACAUUGGAGAAAACUUUAAUAACAAUAAAAAGAAAUAUAUUUGUCACUUGUGCCUAAAAUAUAACUGGCUUUUUUAUGUUAUUUCUCUUCUAGACUUGACUAGUCUUUUAAUCAGGUAUAUAUUAUUUUCAGUCAGUUAAAGAAGCACUACAUUUUUACUUGCAAUUUUUGCUCCUGUAUAAUGUAGGAAAGAAAUCAAUUAUGUUUUGUGAUUGUUUAUUUUUUAGCAGGGAUGUUGGUUAGCAGAUUAUUUUUCUUGAUACAUUUAGAUAACUUGAACUAGAUGAACAUUUAGUUUCCUGUUUGUAGGCACAUGGUACAUGAAAUUUUAAGCCUUUGGAUUUUUAGUAUAUUGUAUGUCUGUAUUAUAAAUGUCCUCUCCUCUUCAAAAGUGACAAGUUGGAAUUUUUGUCAGUCUUAUUAAUUAAUCAUAUUGUAAUAAUAUUGAAAAUGGCCAACUAGAGAGCCAAACAUCAUAAAAACUAGGAGAUGUGGUACUUCAACAUUAUUGCUGUUGCUUACCAAAGUAAUCAGACCUGUAAAGGUGACUUUUUUUAAGGGUGAAAUUUUCAGUUGUAUACUGGACUUUCUUUCCAUUUGACAAAAUAAUUAGUAAUAAAUUUCAACUAACUAUAAAGAAUAAACAUUUUGCAAAGUGUUGCCAAUACACUUUGCGAUAAAUUGAUGUAAAAGCAGCAGUCUAAAUUUUUUAGUCUAGAUGGUUGUAAAGAUUCUUUGGGUACCUAAUACAAGAUUAAUUAUAGAUUGUUAACGUUUUAGAAGAGUAUUUAAAAUCAAUAUAUUUUGCUUUUUCAUGUACCAUCACACUGUCAGUAUGUUAAAAGAAAUUGUUACCAAAGUUAACAUAUAUAUGUAUUAAGGUGUCAAAUGCCUAUUUUCACUCAUCUUACAGAUAUUGUAGGAACAAUGAAAAUUAACUUAGGAAUUAUGAGCUUUCAAGUUCACCAGCCUUGAGAUGAUGACUGAUGAGGGCUACCAAAAAGAAAUGCAUCUCUGGAGGUAGGAGUAUAGAUAUUGUUUGAAAGAAAAAUCAUACAUACAAUAUCUAGCUGCUUAUAGUCUCUAAUCAGAAAGAGAGGCAAAAUAAAUUUAAAACAACCCUGCAUGCCAGUUUAUGAAAGGUAUAAUUAAAUUUCAUUUAUUUAAGUCCAUGGAGUUCUGGUAGGCCAGUUUUAUCUUCUUGCUGAAAAACCAAAUAUUAACAGAGCAACAAUAGCAACAAUUGACAAGUAAAUACAAAUGAAACUCAAAAGUUAUUUUGUACUCAGGAUAAAUUAUUCUUUUGGAAAUAAGACUGUUAUAAAAUCUUUCGUGAUUCUGUAUUUUCUAAUUUUUCCCAAUUAAAUUUCUUUAAAUAUUCUAAUAUAAAUUAAAGAAUGUUUCAACUACUUAGAUAAUUGAAAUAUUUGUUCCCAGGUUUUAAAAUUACAUAAAACAUUAAUCAAGUCAUCAACGUAGCCCCAUUAUUAGUCAUUGUUUUUACAGGAAAAAGAAUUCUAUUUGUGUCACUGGGAUAAGAGAGUUCUUAUGGAAUCAACAACAACAAAAAUGGCAUUGGUAGUGAACUGUACAUAAACCUUUUGGCUUCUGACUAGUAUUCAGCCCUUUAAGGAUUUCAAUGGUAGAAGAUAGUGUUAGGUCACAGCCUAAACAGUUGGUGCCUUUCAGCCUCUAUUUAAACCAGAAAAUAAUAAAUCAAUGAAGUUGACCCAAUCACAGGAUGCUUUCUUAAGCAAGAUUGGCCCACUAUCUUACUGUGAAUAUUGGGAGUACUAAUUUUUCUUAUAUUUAGAAAUUCCAUGUGUAUUAUUGCUUUGAGAUUAGUCAUUUUCAGGGCAUGUUUAUUUUAAUAUAAAAUUGAAAAUUUUUUCUCCGCCUUUCACUAAAAGCAUUAGGUACUCUAGGAUACAAGAAUAAGUGCCCACCAAACAUGAUUUAUCAUUGCUUUUUAAAAAUAUGUAAAUUUCUGUUUAGACUAUCUACAGAAUAUUCAAAGUAACUCAUUGAAGUUUAAUAAGAAGCAUGUCAGCAAGACAGAGGGUGUGGAUAAGACUGUGUCAAGCAACAUUAGGGAGUUUAACCAGGUCCCAGAGUCUUGGCCUUGGCUUUGCAGGUCCAAAAGCCUGCAUUUGUAGAUGACUGUCAGAGAUGCUAAGAUAUCCAAAGAGCUUAGUAUUGGUUUUGACACCAGAUUAUCUAGUUUUGAUUUCUGGCUGUACAACUUAAAUGCAUAUGUAAGCUAGGGUAACUGUUUAGCCUAUAUGUACUCUAUUCCCCUUGUUUAAGAUGGGUACAGUAAAGUACUUAUCUUAGAGUUGUAAAGAGUGUGGGAGUUUAGUACCUAGAGUACUUAAGACAGUUCCUAUUGUAUAAUAGAUACAUAUCAUGUUGAUAUUAGUUUAUGGUAGAGAUAUUCCUUUUCCAGAAACUACUGUUCUUGAGAUUUCCUGAGAAGUUAAAUUCUUGUUCAGAACGUUACUCAGUGUAUAUGAAGUGAGCAGAGAAUCUUAAGGAAUAUUUCAUACAGACUGAGGUCCUGUUUUUUAACAGACUCUAUUAUUUUUUUGUACCAGAUAUAGUAUCUGUUACCUUGCUGGAGAUGUUCAUUACUACAUUACUGAAAAUUUCCCACUGAAAUCUGUUGUUUAGAUAUUUAGAUACCAUUCAUGUUCAUUGAUGCCCUUUGACUGGUUUAAUAUUAAUGAUAAAGUUUUAAAUAGUUUUGCAAUUUUCUUAUACUAGGAAGACAAUAUUUCUCACUAUUGUGUUUUAGUUUAUUAUAAAUAGAAGCAAUUCUCUUUUCAAGUUCUUGGUCAGUGGGGAAGCAUAUCACUAUUGCGUGUAACAGGAACAUUAAAAGGAUAUGAGUAUACCUCAGCUUUCCAGGGAAAUUAUAUGUUGUACCUUUAAAAAAAUAAAAAUAUCAGAAGUGCUCAAUACUAAGGGUAUACUUUAGCCACAUAAACUGUGACACUCUGAGCAUUAUGCAACAAUGUAAAAAACUAAAACUUUAUCACCAAAAUACCAAAUAAAAACUAUGGAGGAAAAUUAAUGUAACUCAACUAACAAUAAUAUUGCAAAUUACUGUUCUGUGGAGAAACCUUUACUCUCCAAAAUUUCAAUUAAGGAAUAAACCAUGCCCUUUUCUAACAAAAGUUGGGGGAGGGGAGUAUAUUCAUAUUUCUCUGCUAUUAUGGAUUUUUAUUAUAGAAUUAUUAUUAAGAUAUUUAGUGCUUUAUAGCUAACAAAAUAGUUUCACACAUCUUACCUGUUUCUUAACUCUAUAGAGGUAGACCAGCCAUUUCAUUUACCCUAAAGAACCAACAGAAAAGUUAAAUAAAUGCCUGUGCUUAGUGUACCUAGCUGAAACCUAGAUCUUCUUCCAGUUUUUAACUAAUCCUGUGCUCUUCUCCAUUACAAUAUACUACCUUAUGUGUCACUUAAAUGCCCUGUGGUUUCUUGUAUUUGCAUGAGAAACAACUUUUCUUCUGUUUAAACUUUAGGAAAAGAUAGUGAUAAACUCCCUAAACUGUAGUAGUUCAUGUAAGGAGAUUAGGGUGACUCCUUUAGUGGAGUAUUUAAGAGAUUCUAAAGAGAGAAGUGAGAUCAUUCAUUAAACAUUGCUUUGGAGUGGUUGGUUACAAAGAUAAUUUACCAACUUUCUUCUUUUUGUUGCAGAAGUUCUUAGGAAGAAUCUCUUGGUAAAACAAGGCUGCUGCUGCUGGUAGUAGUUGGCUUGAUUCUAUGAAUAGUGUACUGUUGAGGGCACUGAUCCUGACUGGCCAUCCCAAAAGCCAACCUAUGAGAGAAGUCACUAAGUUCUGAUAGAUAGAUAGAUAGAUAGAUAGAUAGAUAGAUAGAUAGAUAGAUAUAAGUAAUAUUUAAUUAUUUAAUCCAGGAGCAACUCUAUAGUUACACCUCAUUUGCAGUACCGUUUGGAUGAUAAUCCCAAAAUUUGCAGUGAUAAUGACAAGAAGGAAGGUAACUGAUGGCUAAUAUACCUCUAUACAAAACCAGACAUUCAGAUACCAACUUGUUGGAAUGAAAAAGAGUGGCUUACACAUUCUUGCUUACUGCACUUUUUAUAGUUCUGGUUUUUCCUUUGGAUAAAUCUUGGCAGAGAUAAUUCAUAGGGGUAUAACUCCAAAAAAAUUUUGGAAAAAGGACCCAGAACAAUGAAAUAAUUGCUGGUUUGAAAGUGAGCCAUCUGGAAUUUCAGAGUGUGAAUUAAUUAUUGUAUAUUAUAUUUUUUCACCCUUAUGUAUUCCCUUGUUUAUUUUUUUUCCUUCCCCUUCCUUACUCCCACCCCCCGCCUAGCAUACACUAUUCCCAAUUCUCUGGAUUUUUUAGUAAAAUAUGUGUGUAAGUGUUA